AUGGACUUCACGACCGGCGAGUACGACUCAUCUUCAAAGGGCGGCAACUCAAGCACCCUGACGCUACGCUUCAGCGCUGACUUGCUGGGCUGCGCGGUGGGGCUGGAGGACCAGUCCUCUGUGCACAUGGUGGUGUCGGACGUUGUUCCGACUCCCUCCUCUUCCUCUUCUUCCUUCUCUUCGUCUUCAUCCUCUUCUUCUUCUUCUUCUUCCCGUGUUGAUAAUCACCAUUAUGCCACGCCACCGGCGCCGCAGGACAUCGAGACUGGUCAUGCGCAGCUGCGGGGGUUCGAGCGCCUGCAGCACUUUGGCUUUUCGGCGGCCGAGGUGGUGGAGUAUAGGCAACAGUUCCACCAGUCUAUCUUGCGUUCGGUCAAUGCCGGCAACCCGCGCGCGCUUGACCAGUACAUGACCAUCACAAACGCUGGGCGGCAAGGCGAGCUGGAGGAUCUCUGGAUCGACGGGCUCAUCCGUGAGCAGAACGCUGGCGCUGAUCUACACCGGGCUGAGGCGGAGGGUACACCGGAGGGGCUUGAGAGCAGCGACCCCGAGGAGGCGGAUUUUGAUAGCGACGACGACGGCGACGACUACGGCGGAGCCGGAGUCGCUGGCGACCGCCCACAGAGACCGGCCACGAUCAUCGACGGACUAGACGAGGAGAGCGAUGACGACGAUGAAGCGCCGGAGGGCGAGCCGCGACAAGGGGCCUACAACGACGCCGUCACCUCGGAGGGCAGCCUGCGGGAUAUGUUCCUUGGCAUGGUGCUCGGAUUCCUCCUCAGCUUCACCAUCCUCUUUUUCUGGGCGUUGGAUCCCAACCAUUCUCGACGAUACAAGUUUGGCGUGGUGGCUGGCGUGGGCUGCAACCUCGCGCUGGGCUUCGUUCACUUUGCCAAGAGCCUCUAG